GAGCAGCCAUACCCUUGUUCAGAGUGCGGGAAAUGUUUUUCAUACAAAAGUAGACUUUACAUAUAUCAGAGAUCUAACACAGGUGAAAAGCCAUAUGUCUGUCCUGAGUGCGGGAAAUACUUUUCAGAUAAGUCUAGACUUUACAUAUAUCAGGGAUCUUACACAGGUGAAAAGCCAUAUGUCUGUCCUGCGUGCGGGAAAUACUUUUUAGUGAAGCCUAGUCUUCACACACAUCAGAGAUCUAACACGGAGGAGAAGUUGUAUACCUGUUCGGAUUGCGGGAAAUGUUUUUCAGAGAAGCCCUUUUCUUCAUAUAUGACAGAGAUCUCAUACGGGGGAAAAGCCGUAUUAGGGAUAAGAGGGUGA